GUACAUGGUUUCAAAUGGUUGGCGUUGGGUAGAAAGCUUUGUAUAGCGGUACUUAGGGAACAUUCAAGUGAUUUCAUUUUGGUUCACUCACUUGUGAUCCAAAGAGGGUGUUGUGGUAUUGGUUUUGAUAAAACCUCACAACCAAUGAGAAUCUUUUUUGAGUUAGUGUGGAGUGGCCUUAAUGCUGGAAAUAAUCCUGUUGGCCAGGACCCCAGAGCUAUACAGAUGGAAAAGGAUGCAGGAAAUUCUGUUGUUUACACAUGUGUCUGUAACACUGAGCCGCUGGAGCAGCCCAGCAAGCCCAGAGGUGGGGGCAGCUGGGCAUUUCUGAAGCGAUGGGGAGCACUUAUUCCUCUUCUCUUUGUCGUCGUCAUCAUCACCACCACCGCACUGCCAGCAAAUGAUAGCAUUUCCUAUGCGCCUCAAAAGAUAAAUAUGAAUUUAGAUUCCAUCCAUCGGUUAAUUGAGGAAACACAAAUCUUCCAGAUGCAACAGUCAUCAACAAAACUGCCUUGUGACAUGGUAGCACCUGCUUCCCUGCCCAGGGACACUUGUCAUUACUGUUUGCCACUUCAGGGGCUGCAGUCACAUUCUGCUCACAACAUCUAUGCACACUCAUGCAGCACCAGUGAGUGGAAUAUCUGUGAAGAGCUUCGCCUGCGGGAACUUGAAGAAGUCAAGGCCAGAGCUGCCCAGAUGGAGAAGACCAUGCGCUGGUGGUCAGACUGCACUGCCAACUGGAGAGAAAAGUGGAGUAAAGUUCGGGCUGAAAGGAACAGCGCCAGGGAGGAGGGAAGACAGCUCAGAAUAAAAUUAGAGAUGACAAUGAAAGAAUUGAGUGCAUUGAAAAAGAAACAAAGUUUGCCACAUCAAAAAGUGUUAGAAAUCACCCAGGACCUGAAGCAUCCUGGUUUCAUAGAAGUGCCCUCUGCAAGAGGGGAACGAUUGCACACUGCUUCCCCAACAUGUGAGUCUAUCAGAGAACACCUGGUGAAAAGAGAAUUUCCUACAAAGGACAGCACGGAUAGUAAGGAAGAAGGUUUGAUUAUUGACCAGUUAAGAUUAAAUGAGGAGAUGAAACUCAAUCUUGACUGUUCUAAUUCAUUCAAAAAUGGUGGCUCUGAAAAUUGCACACUGAAAUCUGCAUUAAGAUUGCAAGCAAUAAACCUGCCUUUGGAGAGUAAAGUGCCUGAAAUUUCAGCUUUGCAGGUGCAUCUGGAUGAGUUCCAGAAAAUUUUAUGGAAAGAAAGAGAAAUGCGCUCCUCUUUGGAGAAAGAAAUAGAACGACUGGAGUCAGCUUUGUCUGUAUGGAAAUGGAAAUAUGAAGAACUGAAAGAAUCAAAGCCAAAAAAUCUGAAAGAGUUUAACAUUAUUCCUGGUCAGCAUGAAAAUGAAAUGGAAGAAAUAUCAGGAGAUAUAAAGGAAGAAUCAAAAUCUCAAAAGAGCAAGGAUAGACUGAUCUCUGAAUUAAGAGCUGAGCUAGAGAGACUGCAGGCUGAAAAUAUCUCGGAGUGGGACAAGAGGGAAAUACUUGAAACAGAAAAGCAAGGACUGGAAAAAGAAAAUAGAAAACUCAAGGCUCAAGUGAAAGAAAUGGAAGAGCUCCUGGGUGGGAAAAACAGAUUCAGCACAAACUCUCAAAGUUCUGAUUUCAAGACAUCACGAGUUGAUCUGCAGGAACAAAGCAAGGUCCCUUGCUUGGUGAUGGAGCUCCAAGGACUGAUCUGAAGACUGCUGGUGAGCGAAGGGAGGAAGAAUGGUAGCAAAAGUCCACAAGCUGUGGAAACGGUGGGGAAGGCACAAAAAAAGAGAUCAUGGGAUCUCCUAAAUUGACUCUUAAGUACUCCCCUCACGGGAUCUGGGGCUAUACUUAGUUUGUGUAGCUAAAAGAAUUGUCAUGUCAUGACCUGUACUAGUUGCUUUAUCCUUAGAUCCUGUUGUUCGUCUCUGACCAAAUUUUUGCACUGAAAUUAAAGUACCUUUCUGUGUUGUUUUAGGGAUUUCAUCCAUCAAUUCAGAUUAUCCUUGGUGUACGCUAAUGAUGUAGCUUAGUUUCUUUAAUGAUUAAGCCUGUACCAAAUUGUUAUUUUGGAAGUUUUCUGUUAGCAUCUGCAGCAAAAUUUUGUGAUUACUUAAAAGUAUUAUCUAAGAAUGGCUACAAUUUGUUCUCUACCUUUAUGUCUUUUUAUUCCAAACAUUGUACACUAUCAUCAGUGUUCACCUCACCAUAGAAACAGAUUUAUUUUUAUUGGGAUACAACCUGAAAAUAAAUCUCAUCUUCAAGUAGAGUAUGGAGAGGACGAUACUUAUGUCAGAAUAUGCC